AUGUCCAGGAGGACGUCGUCGUCAGUGUCGUCGUCGCUGUCAGAAUGGCAUCAGCUUGCACACAGCAACAACCUUCUUCCAUCGAAUCCUGCGCUCCCUGUACCUGAACCUGUUGCAUAUUUCGCCCCUAUACCUGCCCCUGUUCCUGCAAUUCGACAGCAACAACAAAAGAACAAGCACAAGUCUCAGACAUCGGAAAUGGACGGACAAAUACUCCCGUUUCCUUCACGACCUAACUCCUUUGCUUCUUCGUACCAACCCGUCAUGCUUUCCAGGAAGAACAGCCAACAUUCGCAGCAACAGCGCCAACUCGAUCCAGGGACAGUGGCGACGACGACCUUGACCUUGACGAACCAUGACGGCGGCAACAACCAGUAUGAGGAGUCUAAUGCGGCCUUUGAGCGGAUCUGUUCGCUGCUGAACCAUUUGAUUACGGACGCAUCGACUGCCGUUAGUACUGCAGAUGACAAAGAUUCUUCUAGAGCUGCUGUUGCUCCCUCAAUUAUUAUCCCUCGCUACUUGCCUAUGGUCAACAGCGAGUCCGAGAACUCGGACGAGGAAGCUGGAGGAGUGUCAUGUCUGGAAGGAGGGGAGGCGAUGACGACCACCAUCGGGGAUGAUGGUAUCGAUGGAGGAGAGUCUAUGUUCAUUGGCGAGCCAGAGUCACCACGGAACCAGAUCCGCCGGCGGAUAGAUGACUCGAGGAAGAAACGAUUGGCACGGAACAGGACUGGGAGCUAUACGGCCGACCCUUCGAAGCGGACUAGUCUUUUCCUGGAGCUUCAAAACUUGCAAGUAGAACCGGAGGACACCCAACAUCUGACAUCACCAGUUCUUGGCAAGCCGGGUGCCGACACUGAAGGCAGUAAGCGUCAUCGAACAUGCAGUAGCAUCCACUCUCCUGGUAUUGGCAUUGGCGCUGGACGGACUUCUCUGGACGCAGCAAUAACAGCCACGCUAUUCUCGCCGACCACCCCGAGCAGCAGAUCCUUGGACUUUGAGCUCUUUGACAGCGAGUUGGGGUCCCCCGUAACUCUGACGACCCCUCGGCGUCGGGCCUCCUUUCCGCCCAGACGAAGCGACCAAAUACAGAUCCAGCGUGCAGAGGAACUCCAACGGGUAAUUCAGCACGUGGAUGCCGAAUUGGACAGGACGGUCGAGACGAUUGACGAUCUGACAAGGGAUUUGAUGGCGGUAUCUACGCAUCAGAACUGGAUGAAGACCCAUUUGGAGCGGACACUUGGGAUCCAGAGUCCGCUGUCGUUGGCUGAUUUUCUUCAAAAGGAUGACGACGACAACGCGACUUUUACUAUACCAGGGGUGACAGGAACAAGUCCAAUGAGUCCUACUAGUUCGACGAGUCCCCGGGGACGGCUUGAGCAGAUGGAGGAUAUUAUCGGUGCCACCAAGGCCCUGCUGUCGUCCAGGGAGUUUGCUAAAUACUACCAAGUGCUCGAGAGGGUCCGGAUCAUGGAGGAGCAGGAGGACCGUGAGGAACACAACGAGCGAGGUGGCGGUGAAGAAAGUGACCUGUUUGGAGGGCGUGUGCAUAUCGGCAGUAAUAAGCAGCAGCGUCUAUCAGGGUCGUCAUUCACUCUCACCAACAGCUCCUUCCGACAUUCGGCUUCAUCGACACUUUCCCUGGAGACGCAGUUCGGAUCGUACGCCGAUUUCAAGGAUGGGGCGCCUUUGAGCAGCGGCAGUCGACCCUCGAUCGAAUGGAGUGACCGUGUUGGAAUCCAUUACAGUAGCCAUGGUCAUGGCCUGAUCCAGGAAAAUGUCCAUCCUCUUACCGCAGCACCUUCCCUUGUUCAUCAACAACAACAGCAAGGACCAGGAUCUCUUUUGGAGCUAUCGUCGAGUCGAGGACAAAAACCCAUGGCCGAGCAAUCGGGGAAGCGGGAGCAGGAGCAGCAAAAUGUCACGGAUGUCAGUACUCUUCUUCAAGCAAAAGACAGAGAAGUCUCCGUAUCACCGGACGAUGCGACUCUGGCUAUCGACAAGCUGAUCUUGGCAUGCACACAUCUCAUCCUGCUCCUAUUCUGGACAGUGGCGCUCAUCCUGGGAGUCGUCAUCACAGACGGGUUUAUACUCGACAAUGCUGGACGGCAUCUUAUCACCUCGGUUGAGAUCCUUCAGAGCCACUUUACUAUCCGCGAUAAGGACCCUUUGCUCGCGGAACAAGUACGGGAUGGAGAUGCAACUCUGGAACAGGACCAAGAACAGGAACAAGAACAAGAGGCAGCGGUACCUGGAUCUGCUCCAAAGUCCAUUCGCCCCUGCACCGCCCGCCGACGCACAAGACCUUCGCAGCGCUACCACUCCCACACUCAUCACCACCACAAACACCUCCACCGUCGCGGUCUAUCGUCCAUCUUCCCACAAAUCAACGCACCAUCCGUCUUUGGAGGCAGUAUCGGUGGCCAGUUCUACAACUCGCCGUUCCUUGCCAGUUCGCGCUAUGGAGUCGAUAUCUCGCAAAAGGAACCACGCACCAUCCAGUUAGGUCCCUUGUCUGUCGCCCCUGGCUCCGCAUCUGUCUCUGGCAACGGCAACGGCACAAAGACGACAAUGGCUACGAUGCUGGCCCCAAUCCUGGCAGUAUCAUUCUCGUCGUCCUGCUCAUCUACGGUCGGACUUCUCGAGGACUCGGAGUUGUCCAUCUCAACGACUUCCUCGUCUGCCACAUUGUUGGACUGGCUCGACUCUACUGCGGCCCCUACAGAUAAGGAAGAGGUCCAAGCAUUUGCUGAAAGUACAUAA